UCAACUCUGGUGUUUCAAAGCGAAUACGCAUUUCCUUUGGCAAGACAUGAUAGUUUUCAAUCACUUCAGUAAAUUAAUAUUUUCAUGAUAUGGGAUUUCACAUCAGACGUUACAUUUACCUUUCAACAUGUUUGAUACAAACGCUUGCAGUUGUACAAAAACAAGUCUUCGACUUCCUUGGUUUUUUAUGGAUACCUAUUUUGGUGAAUUUUUUUGAGAUAAUAUUCAUAAUCUUAGGAUUUUUUGGUGGUUACCAAAACAGAGCAAAAUAUAUUAUAACAUAUCUAAUAUGGCAAAUAUUGUGGAUAAUUUGGAACAUAUUUAUCAUUUGUUUGUAUUUGGAUGUAGGAGAGCUAGAUCACAAGACCAACAAAGUAUUGAAACUAGAUAGCAAUAGUGAAAGCUGGUGGAGAACUGAAGGGCCGCAAUGUAAAACACGAAUGAGCCCAGAAUCAAGUCCUGAAGUUGAAAGUCCACCUGAAGUAGAAAAUUGCCUGUUCAAUUACAUUGAUGUUGAAGUAUUCCAAUGUAGUGUUCAAAUAAUUCUUGUCGUUCUGGGAAUAUUUUUUGGAAUUAAUUUAAUAAGAAUCAUUUCUAGAGGUGAUAGUGACUCAUUUUCAGACAAGAGUUCUCGCAAAAGAAAUAGGACAUCUUUGUAUUCCAUUGAAUUCAGUACAGAUUUGGAUAAUCGUCAUGAGGACUAUAAUCAAGAUUUCAACCAUUUAGCUCCAGCAAUGUCUCCUAAGCCAAUGACACCCCGAAAAGUGAAGAGAAGAAGUGUUAUGACCAGAGGCUCCUCUACUAGGUACAGUACCACUAGUAAAAGACAUUCUGGUUCACGGUCAUCAACUAGAAGCUCUAGGAGGUCCCUUCAAAACCCUAUUACGUAUCUAAUGGAACAACAAAAAACUUUAUCGACUUUCGACCGAUCUCAGCAUCUUGAACCUCCGGUUCCUACAAGUUUGAACAUGUCGAACAAUAAUCUUGGUGCUUAUAGUCAUGCAAAUUUAACAUACCAGCAGUCAUCCACCCAAUCUCUCAAUAAGAUGGAUGAUCUUGACGAACUCUAUACUGGCAGGCCAGCAUCCGUGAGGUCAAGUUAUUCAAAUUUUCAUGGCACUCGUGAAUUCAACUAUACGAAUGUCAAUCCCUACCAGCAUAGCCACGCUACACCCCAGGUUCCGCAAAAGAAGCAGAAGCUCAGAAAUGGCUCUAUGUUUCUCAAUAAUGGACCUCCUGCAUACACCCAGAGGAUUUACUCAAAUGAUUCUGAAACGACCAUGUGAUAUUUCAUUGUGAAUCAUCUUCAAUUUUCAUUGAUGUUUUAGGAUAAUUGCCCAAGAUUUUAUCGUUUUAGGGAUGUAAAUUGAUUUAUUACACUGCAUUUGUUUUGGGAAGAAGUAAAUAACAAUUUGAGCAAUAUGAAAAACGGAGUAAGGUUUUAGCAGAACAAUUAUUUUUUAUAAAUAUUUAUUGAAUUACAAUAAGAUAUUUUGUUGUUAGCAAUAAUUUUUUUAUUAACAUGAACAAACUUUUUGGUUUUCAUAUCAACCAAUGUACAAUGGUAUAUAUGACAAUAAUGAUGUAUAUCACUCUUUUAGAUCCUACUGAAUUAUUCAGUAAACUUUCCAUGAAAAAUUUGCAAUUUGUAUUUUUUUAUAAAAUGACUGAUGGUUACAUUAGUAUAUAUUUUUUUAAAUAUUUAUACUGAAUAAAAGUGCAAAAUAUUGGA